AUGUGUUCCUCUGCAGACCAAGAGCUCUCUGCCUUCCCAGCGUGCUUUGCUGAGGCUCAGGACGCUGCUGCGACUGUAGAGACCGCCCCGCUCGCUCUCUGCGCUGGUCUGAACCCCCUCGGGUGUAGAGCUCAGAUCACAGCAACUCAGACUCCUUCAGAGAAAACUGCUAAACCAGGAGAAACUGUAGAGAUGAGCUGUAAACUCAGUAGUGAUGAUACAGCCUGCAGCCCAGCCUGUGUGUCCUGGUACUCACAGAAACCUGGAGAAGCUCCUAAACUCCUGAUUUAUUACGCAGACACCCUCGAGUCAGGAACUCCAUCUAGAUUCAGUGGCAGUGGAUCUAACAAAUCUGAACCAACAGCAACCAUGAGCUUCAUCUUCAUCAUCUUCAUCUGGAUGUUCUCCAGCUGUUUCACAGAAUCAGUUGGUGAAGUGACAGUCACUCAGACGCCUGCAGUGAAAUCUGUUCAUCUCAGAGACACAGUUACUAUAUCCUGUAAAACCAGUCCUGAAGUUUACCAGGGUUGGGGUGUUCAGCCUCUAUCCUGGUACUUACAGAAACCUGGAGAAGCUCCUAAACUCCUGAUUUAUGCAGCAGACAGCCUCGAGUCAGGAACUCCAUCUAGAUUCAGUGGCAGUGGAUCUAACAGUGAUUUCACUCUGACCAUCAGUGGAGUCCAGACUGAAGAUGCUGGACAUUAUUACUGUCAGAGUUUCCACGUCAUCAACAAUAAACAUGUGUUCACACAGUGAUAAAGAGUCGUACAAAAACCUCGGUCAGUCAGAGUCACAGUGACUGAACUGAAACUGCAGCUGCUCAAAGGAGGAUCUGAAAUAACAUCGUCACACUUGCAUCUGAAAUAAAACCAUAUAAAUUAA